AUCACUUCUAUAAUCAAUCUCCUCCACGUGGCUCCGCUCAUCGCGUUUCUUGAUUUUGACAUUGAGCAGGCUUUACACGGUCAAGGUCUCCAAAGCCGAGAGCUGCUACGUCUUCCCUCGGACAACGAGGCGGCCCCUGGGAGAUCAUGACGACGGAUCACUUUGCCAUUCCCCAAACAAUUCUUCGUCAUUUCGACCUCGCCUCGUCCCUGUAUACUGAAGAUGGAGCAUCGAUCAGUAGCUCUAGACGGGCCUCGUAUCCCAAUCGGGAGCUGUUCUUUGAUCGGCUUCUGACUUUCGCCAACCUGGACGGACCAUCCAUGUAUCCCGCUACGAGCCCUGCAGACCUACGCCGACUCCUACAUGCCAUUCAUACUUCCCAUCAGGAUCGGCUAAAGCAAGAUUGUUAUUUCUACUACCUCUUGCGCGAUUACGAUGAUGCUUCGAUUGUCGCUGGCCCUCCUGCAUCACAAGCUGAGGGCAAUUCAAACUUUGAGAUGCAGCUGGACGAAGGGGAUCAAGAAUCGAGUGAUGGAUCAGAGAGCCGAGCAGAGUCCUUUGCGAAGCACAGAUGUAUACCUAGGACAUGGAGAGUCUUCAUGGAUGGGUAUUGGGCCCUGGAUCAUGGUCAAUGGGAGUCCGCUGUCAAAUGUCUGUCCGAUCCGUCUGUGUCAGAGCUCAACUUUGUUCCUCAAAUUGUCCAUGCUCUUGCCACUCUGGUCUCGCCGCCCUCCAAAAGCAUGAGCUUGCUCCGUUCCUUCCUUACUACAGCCUCUCUCCAAUUGCAGAGUCCAGAGGAGAGGGAUAUAAAGGUGUUAGCAUUGGCGUCCGCUGGAUCUAUUUUGGAAUCGUUCAGGUACAUCAGGGAGCAAGAGCGUGAAGAGCGGAGGAGGAUGCGUGAACGAGUCUGGACUUGGAUGCUUGGAGCGUCUCAAGUUCCAUGUGGAGAUGGGCAGCACGGCGUCCACCCUAAAGUCCUAAAGCAACUCCUCCAUCUGCCCUUGGAUCCCGAAGAACACGCACAUCUGGUACACUUCGUCUCGCACCCUCCCAGAACCAUUUCCGCAGGCGCUCUCUCUGCUUUGCAUGACCUCGUGACCCUUCGACUAGUUCACCAAGGUCGAUAUGCCGAAGCUCUACAACUCGACAAGGAGUCUGCUGGAACCGCGGGCACCGAUGUAGAACGACAGAGAAGGAGAGAAAUGGUCAGAGAAUUCAUCAGUAUACUCCCUGCAGUCCAAAGACGUGCACUCGCCAUCGACGUGGACAAGGGUCAACAUUCGCACGAUGAGGUCCCUAACGGCGAUGUUGUCGAGAUCGAGGACAUUGACAUGGGUUCAUGGGUCAACAUCGACUCGCCGACCAACGAGACCGCCAAUGGAGUCUCAGCAGCUACACCUAAAGCCAAACCAUCCAUUUCGUAUCUUGGUGUCGGUGGGCCCAGCACGACUUCACCAGGUGGGGAAUCGCCUCGAGCGCGACCACAAUCCCCUUUCACUGGCCCACCACGUUUCGCCUCCGUUCACAGUCGAGCGGUCUCACCAGCUCCAUUCCAUCGUGUAUUGUCAGGGUCACCUUUUGCUCUACCCUCAAGCCGAGUCGCAUCUCGGCAUGGAAGCCCUGCACCUGCGCACAGACGAAUUAUCAAUGACGAUGAUGCGCCUAUGGAUUCUGCAUCGCCAAGACCUCGGAAUAUCUCCUUCGGUUCUGUUUCUAGGCAGAGUAUCAGCGACGUGUCGAUGCCUCGACGAACCAUGGCUGAACAGCUUAGUCACUCGCACGUCGCUGACCAGGCCAUGGAAGAGACCCCUCAGGAUGCCUUGAUGGAGCGAGAGGCGGAGUCGGAGCCUGCCAAUGACAAUGCGCUGGAGCAUGUAGAAGGGCCCGUACCUGCAGCAUCUGAGGAAGAACCGGACCGCGAACCCGAAGCGAGGGCGUCCAGGAGCAGCAGGCGGGUAAGAAAGGAUAAAGAGCAGCAGGACCAGGAGGUCUCGGCAGCUCCACGGGCUGAGGCUGGCCUCUCAAGUCGUGAUGGCGAGCAAACUCCUCCUGUUGCUUCUCCACCACCUUCGCCACCGUCUCACCGCACCCGAUCACACGACUCGCCAUCAUCUGCUCGAUCCAUCGACGAUCUACCUCCACGAUCGACCCGAGCUCGGCGGACAAACAAUCGGACAAGUAUGCCCGGGGCAUUUGACCCUCGAAGGGAGGAACCCACGAUCCCCGAGCACCAGGUCCUGCCGCCAACACCGGCCCCGACCAAAAGUAGACGUGGCCCUGCUUCGCGCUCACACACCGAUGCGGAACCGCCUCGAAUGCGAAUCACACGUUCUUCAUCGCGUGCAGAGCUGGAUCUAGACAGCCAAGAUCAUGCGGCUCCCAAACGACAACGACGCAACGUUCGCGAGACAAGCAUUGCCAGCGCUCGAUCGGAUGUCAGUCAGACGCCGGGUGGGGCGAGAGGGGGCAGUCUUGUCAGGCGGUCUACGCGAACUAGAGGAGACAAUGACGGACUCAGUGAGGUCAGGGCAUCUCGUACCGGUCGAUCUAGAUCUGCUGUGACUCCUGCCAGUGACAGAGCAGCGAGCCCUACCCCAUCCAAUGCCACGUCGAUCAGCAGAGGACAAUUGACGGCGGCAGUGCCAAGACGCGGCGUGAGCAGGGAAGCGAGUACAGAGGCAGGUAGACCGGCGGCGACAACCCGAAGAUCGACACGGAAGAAAUGAGGGGAACGAGGCCGAGCCUGGCCUAUCAUCGCAUGCUG